UCAUGGAAGUUUCAGACUGGAGAUGCAGAAUUGUAUGAGUCAUAAAUAUGACAAGCAAGCAGGGAACAACAAAAUUAUCUCAACUAUUUCCAUACCUGAAAAGUCUAUUUGUGUAAACUCUAGCAGAGUAAACUUCGCUUAAGAGAAGAUCUUGGAUAAACAUCGACAGAUUCACCGAUGAAGAAAAGGAAGAUAUUUUUUAGCAUGGCAACCAGACAGGCUUUUGAAGUCUGCAGUCAGAUUGGUGUUUCCACUCCUUUGAUGUUUAGCAUUGACGAUGGUACUACAAAUAUCAUUGAAGUGACUAAUGGCUAUGAUAAGACUAUUGACAACAAUAGCCCAAGUGAAAAAGAAUGCUUCGAAGAUGAUGAGUUGACUAACCUCACGUGGUUACAGGACACAAAUUUAUUAAAAAACAUCCAUAUGGACACUUGUGGUGAGGUAAAGGAGAUUUUAAAUGCAAGUACAACCAGUGAUUUCGUUUUAAAUGCAAAGGAAGAAGGAAACAUUGAAGUGGAAGGAUCAGCAGAAUGUUCGUUCUCCACCAAAGCUUCUAGUUUUGGUGAACCCUACAAUCCUCAUAUUCAUAUUAAUGCAAAACCUCCAUACUCUUUUAGUUGUCUCAUCUUUAUGGCCAUUGAGGACUCUCCUGUCAAAGCACUUCCAGUGAAGGACAUUUACUCUUGGAUCGUAGACCACUUUCCUUACUUUCGAAAUGCUCAAACUGGGUGGAAGAAUUCAGUUCGUCAUAACUUGUCACUGAACAAAUGUUUUAGUAAAGUUGACAAGAUCAAAAGUCAGAACAUUGGGAAAGGAUCUCUUUGGUGCAUUGAUCCACAGUUUCGACCAAACCUUUUGCAAGCACUAAGAAAGUCUCUAUCAUCAUCUUUCCCACAUAUGCCCAGAUUAGAUUGCAUUUUGCAUUUUUCUCAGUCAGAUGUAGACAUUGAUUGUGACAAGCCACUACCAUUACUCUCAACCAGGACAUAUAUCAACCUACCCUCGUCAGAGCUAUUCCCAUGUUCAUCCAAAGGAUUUAAUGCUUCCACUGUGAAAGACCCUGAGGUGGAUGCUGCAGCAACCAUGUUAGCAUUAAAAAAUAGUCCAUCUGAAUGCAGCUUUGAUACUUAUGGAGAAAAGUAUAAAAACACAAUUUCUUCAAGUGAAUGGAAACUCGGACAAAAACGAUUGAGAUUUCGAGAUUCUGCAAGUGGCCUACAAACCAAGUACCAUUGUAGUGAACCUCUGCUAAUUACCAGUAGUCCCAGUGAAGAUCAUACCUAUAGUGACUCUCUUAUAGCUGGUGGUAGCUGGUCUUCAGAUAUUUCACCAACAACUUUCAGAUUUAAUGCAUCAGAUGGUAAACAUCAAAAUUCUGACAAUACUUUUCAAAACAAUCACCAAUCCAGUAGGGGGGCAGUGAGGCAGAAGGCAAAGGUCAACAGUGAUUGUUCACUAAAUAGCCCGUUGAAAAGUUUUGUUAGGAAACGCUUGAAGAUUGGAUCUACUGAUACUGAGGAUGAGCAAGUUCUUGCAGAAGGAGCAUAUGCUUUGCUAAAUUUUGUGAGAAUUGCUACAAGUAAAAGGUACAUGUUCAAGCUAAAUAGCAAGCUCGCUGAGAAAACUCUUUCUGAUGCAUAGAUCUCACUAGGUCUUUAUUUCUUUUUUCUUAUAAGUAACUUAACUAAUGCAUUUCACUGAUGCAAAGUGAAUAUAUAUAUAUAUAUAUAAGUUGACAUAUUUUUGUGAGAAAAAACUAUUUUUU